UAUUUUCCUGGUAUAAUUGGAUUCUAGGUAUUUUGCUGUGGAUUUGAACUCUUUUGUAGUAAAGCUUAAAAGUAUUUUAGAUUAGAACAGAAAGCCAUGGAAAAACAGCCUGGUCUGAAGGGUUUUUACCAGGCUAGAGAUGGCUACAGAAAAUUGGAUGGUCAAGUGCUUUACUGGUCUGGGCUUCCAGUUUUGAAAGAUUAGAAGCUGAAAACUUUGUGUUUCCUCCAGCAGAGGAUUCAUGUGGAGUUUGGGAAGAGUUGGAUGGAACUUGGAGAUGUGACAGUUUCCAAAGUGUGAGUUUGUGUAAACAGGGAAGGAGAUGGAGCCUCUGAACUAGAAGUACUUUGAUGAAGGCUUUGUGCCACAGAGUAACUGGUCAUGGAAAAUGAGUGUUGAGGCUGUUGAAAGAUCCAUCUUUCCCUUGGGAAAAAACCUGAGGCAAGGGUGUGGCCUGUUUGGUUCUGGGGCUGGAACUGAACUUUCCAAGAUUUCUGAAGGAAGGAGAGGGGUUUUUUCCCUCAUUUUUUUAGAAUUCUCUCUCAUUAAGAAUUGUUGUCUGAACCUGGCACCCUGUCAGUUCCCUGCAGGACUGGAAUAUAUUGUUUUAUUCAGCCUCUAAUUGGGGGGUUCGCCUUUGGUUGUGUCUAAAGCAAGGAGCUGCUGUCUCCUUCCUUACCUGAAAUGUUUUCCAGCAGCACUGGGAGCUCCUGCUGUUCUUCCCUGGCCCUGUGUUUCCAACAGGGCAAGGUUUGUGUGUGCCCUUCCCUUAGGGCAGAUUUCUCUUGUAGGCAGCUUCUGUCUGUGCAACCUGUGGGGGCUUUGGGAUGGGUGGAGAGAGCCUCAAGGGAAUCCAGAGGAGGCCAGGGAGGGCAGGAAGUGCUCCAAGGGCCGGGGCACUUUUGUUAUGCAGACAGGCUGGGAGAGCUGGGAAUAUUCAGCCUGGAGAAGAAAAGGCUUUGGAGAGCCCUAAGAGCCAUUUCCAGUGCCUAAAGGGGUGCCAAGAGAGCUGGAAUGGGACUUCGGGGAAGAACCUGCAGUGACAGGAUAAGGGGCAAUGGCUUCCCACUGCCAGAGGGGGGCUUAGAUGGGAUAUUGGGAAGAAAUUCUUCCCCAUGAGGGUGGGGAGGCCCUGGCACAGGGUGCCCAGAGCAGCUGUGGCUGCCCCAUCCCUGGAAGGAUCAUCCCUGUUCAAGACCAGGUUGGACAGGGCUUGGGGCAGUCUGGCAUAGUGGAAGGUGUCCUUGGUCGUGGCAGAGGGUGCAACUGGAUGAUCUUUAAGGUCCUUCCCAUCCAGUCCGUUCUGUGAUUCCAUGAUUCCAACAUCUCUACCCAUAAAGAGUGCUAAAGCACGGUGCAGCAUCUUUGGCACCUGACCCCUAAUGUCACUUUGGUGGGCUGAUGUUGGGAAACAAGACCUAUGGAUGGACUGAUGAAGUCAGUCAAUGUUUUAGCCUCCUGUGGUGGAAAACACCUGGGAUUCCUUGCUUACAGAGCUGCUGGGGCACUUUUGCGGUGCUUAUGGGAAUAGUCCCCCGGGUGAUCUUUAUUUUCUCUUGGUGGUUAUUAAUAAUGGCAGGGAGCUGUCUCCAGGAUCCCCAGUGUCACUGUAUUUGUCUGUGGGUUCCCAAGGUUCCAAGGUGGGUGCCAAAGCUCUGGGGGUGUGGAUCCAUUCCCUAUUUCCAUACCGAGGGAUGUUCUGGUGGAAGGCAUCCCCAGCCUGUGUCUGCUCAGCCCUCUGGCAAUGCUGGAGUGAGGAGUUCCAGGUGGGAUAUCCAUUGGCUGGAAAGACAAAUGUGGGGUCAGUGUUACCAGGAAGGGGGAAAUCCGAUGGCAGUAAAGAGGAGGGACAGUGGUGGAUGAGUGAUGGCCUGGCAGCUUUUGCUGAGCAUGUCCUUCAGGGAAGCCGGUGUCCCUGGAACUCAUUGUGGGUCCUGCUGCCUUGGAGCUGGAGAGGCUGAUUAUUGCUGCCUUUUCCAGCCUCAUUUGCUUUCUGUAUUUAACUGGAGUGACCAGACCCAACGGAGUUUUGAGCCAACUAGUUGCACACCACCACACCCCCUACAGCUCCAUCCCUCUGGAAAAGGGGGAAGGAGAGGAAAGAGAAAAUCCCCAGGGACAUAGGACUGAGCUCCUCUUGCAAGUGUCUGGUAUCUCUUUCCCGCGAAGCUGUGACAGGGAUUUCUGUGGGCAGUACCCAGUCCUUGUGGAAUUGGGGAUGGAGGUGGGGAUGUUCGUGUCUUGGGGCCACUCAGCUCUGGGACACAAAGUGGGAAUAUGAGGUGACAUUCCCGAGGAAUGUGUCUUUGAGGACACGCCAGGGAGAAACAGGAGGAUCAGGGCAUCCAAGCAUCCCCUCUGCCUAGGGAGCCUGGGGAGAUGCCAGCUCUGUCCUCCUCUGGAUCUGGUCCAUGUCUCCCUCAGGGAAUCCUGGAGGUUUCUCUCUUUGGGUGUCAGGUGUCUCUGAAGAGAUCUGUGGUAUCAUUAGAAGACAGUGGGCUGAGGACAGACUGGGCCAGCUCGGGACCUCCACAGCUGUUGAGGAUCUGGGUCACACACAAACCACACACAGAGGAGAGAACGUGCAGGAAAUGGUCAAAAUUUGGAUACACAGGGAGGCAGGAACAUCAGCCUAACUCUUUGAAGGAGCCUGGACAGUUCAGGGGCAUGUGAGAAUUUUUUGGAUUGGAGUCAAAACAAAGUCUAAUCUACAAAUGAAUUGUUAUUAGAGACCUUACAAGCUGGCACUUUAGAAAAUGGAAAAUACCUUGCUAUUUGUGUGUGCUUCCUGGCUCCUUUUCCAAGCUGGGAUUUGUGCUUCCUAUUUUCAGUGCAAAUACUGCUCUAUGUUUUUCUGAAGGUAAAACCAGGCAGAUUCCCAGUGAGAACCCCGGCUGGCUGCCCCUUUUAUUCACAGUGAUGCUUUAUUGAUUGGGUGGAAAGAUUCAUAUAUACUGAGGUUUCUGUAUUUACUUCAAGCUGCAAAUUGGAUCAGUGGCUGGGAACAACCAGCAUCACUUCUGGAAGUUCCUGAGAAAGCUGUGGCCAGACAGGAGCAGUUUUCUAACCUUUCUGCACAAUCUGUCUGCUUCUAAGUGUGAACUAGAAAUAAAAAGUGAGUUCCUGGUGGACCUGGGAAUAAGAUUUCCCAAUUCCAGUGGUUCAAACAGGAAAUGCACCAACUCCAAAGUGUGGGGAUUCUGGAUCUGCUUCCUUAGUUUGGCCCGGAAAGAGAAAGGAAACACAGUUUAACCCAACCUGAGUGUGCCUUGUCUUUUCUGCCACUUGGGGGGAGUGUUGCUGGCUGAUGAGAAGAGUCAGUGAUGUAGGACAUAGGAACCAUUCAUUUUUAUUUUGUGCCCAUUUCUAAUUCCCAAUGAAUUUCAGGAGGGGUGGGAUCCCCUCUCUGUUAAAUCAGUGUCUUUGAAGGUGAUUUGAACAGACACACAAAACUUUGCCUUAUUUUGGAAGUCCUAGUGAGGAAAGACCAGGGUUAUUGUUGCUUCUGCCUCUUGCAGGGUUGAGAAUCCCACUAGUUCCAAGAAUGAAAACAACAGGAUUGGUGUUCUGAGGGUCCCUUGGCAAAUUGCUGACAAGCAAAAGUCCUUGCCAAAGUCUUGUCUGUGUGGCACCCGCAGCUGCCCUGGCUACUGAAAUGCUCCAGAUCCAGGGGUGUUUGAGGUGGGCUGUGGCAGAUUGGAGGAGCAAACACUUGGGAUUGAUUUACUGCAAGAACUGGGUUUUGGUAGCAGCAAUCAGCUGAGCUGUGGUGAGAAACCUCUCCAGUCUGUGCUUCCCUUCAGCUCCUUCUCCUGCCCUGGCUCCUGGCAUUGCUGCCGUGGGAGACAGGCUCCCCGCUUCCCCUGAAUUGCAAAGCAUUGGAAGUGCCAGAGAUGAAACUUUAGUGUGGAGUGGGAAGUGGGGAACACCUGCUGGCAGCAGGGUGUCCCAGGGAAUGGGCACUUCCCAGGACUGGCAGCUUCGUGGGGAGGAACGUGGCAGGGCUCCACCACAGAGUCCCAGCUCUGCUCCACGCUCAGCCCUGGGCUCCUGCCAGAUCAGCUGCUCCUUCUGAUCCUCAGCAGGCACAGGUUAUCCCUAUUUGCUUCUCAAGGAAAAGGCUGAGCUUGGUGUCCUGCAUUUAAGGUUGUUUACAAUUUCUGGAGUCUCCUUAUUAAUGACUGCCCAGGAAGGAGCUUGUCGGAUGUGUUUGCUGGACAAGUUUGGUGACAACUGACAGAGUUCCUGCUGACUCCUUCCCCUCCUGCUCUCUUGUGUUUCACUGAGCAGAGCUGGUAGCACUGGGAACAUUUUUGUGCUCCUGCUUUUCAUCCCCUCCACAAUCCAGAGGGUCUGCCAGGGGAGAAAGAGAGGAGCCAGGAAUAUCGGGGCAGCAGUGAGGGACUUCAGUUAUGGUCAAGCAGAGACUUCCCAGCCUGGAUCUGAAAAGACCCAGGCAUUGCAACCCUCUGGCUGCUCUGUCCCAUCCUGGACUGGAUGUUUCUAGUUUUGGUUUAACAGCUUGUCCCAGGAAACCUGCACAAGCCUGACACAGUGUUUGUCCUGGGUUCUGAAGAAUCUGGAAUUCACACCUUUGUCCUUGGCAGUGUUUCCUGUUCAAAUUUCCCUCUGAGCACUCGCUGCUGGGAUACAGGGGGAAAGCCCUGUCCCUGCAUGGGAUGGAAACUCCUCCAUUCUCACCAAGAGGUUCACAGCCCGUUUGGUUUCUGGGAGCAGUGGAUGAACUCGGCCUCGCUCGGGGUCUUGCUCGGAGGGUCAGCAUUGCCCCUGCCCGGAGAAGGGGCCGAGAAGGACACGCUGGGGAGAGCGUCCCCUUUGGGAAGGUUCCAUCCGCCCGCCGUGCAGAAGGCACAGCAGGAAUGGGUGUUGAGCCCAGAACUGCUGGAAUGAGGGGUUCAGGGAAAGGCAAACUCCCUCUGUGCCGGCGGCUCCGUGUGCUCUGCCCCUCCCGAGCUGCUGUGCCCGGAGCCGGGGCUGUGCCGCGGCACCGAUCCGGCCCCGCCGGGCCGGGAGCUGAGGUGUCCCCGCGUUCAUCCCUGCCCCCCUGUGCUCCCCGUUUGUUCGGCUGCUGCACUGCCCCUGCUGGCCUUUGCUCCUGGCUCUGCCUCCCCUUCUCCCUGUGGCUGAGCUGUGGGAAUGCCUCUGCAGCCUUCUGGAGCCGGGGGAGGAACCCUUGGGUGUCAUCCAGGGUGCAGUUCUCUACCAACUUCAAGCCCAGCAAUGUGGCCCGAAUUCCAGUAAUUGGAAGAAGCUGGAAGAAGCUGGAUUUCUCACAGUGGGGGCUGUGGCUUAUGCACCAGGGAAGGAGCUGCUGAACAUUAAAGGCAUCAGUGAAACCAAAGCCGACAAAAUCCCAGUAAGGAUGUUCUGGAACUUCAACCCAAGAUAUUCCACAGCUUUAUUUCUGCUGGCUGAAAGCGUUGUGGUGAAUUUGGAAGUUCUCCAAAGGGCAGUGAUGGUGACUGGAGGUGUGACAUGACUUGUGGUGGGAAAAGGCAAAAUGCACCAGGACAAGACUGAACUGAAGGGGAGGAUAUUUCCAUAAAACACACAAAAGGGAUGGAGCUUUUUCUUGGAGUGGAAUUUCAGUUCUAUUCAGAGGUACCAACCCGUGCAAGGUCUGUGAAAUGUGCAUGGAAUGAUACAGGUGCCUCUCCACAAGGCAGGAAAUAUUAAUUACUGGGGGUUAACGAAUGGCAUGAGCUCUCCUGGCACUGCUCAGGCUGAUGCAGUGGCUCCCAUGGGCUUCACCACGGUCAUGGAAUUCCACCAGCAAUGGUCAGAGAUCAUCCAGAUCACCACUGGCUCCAAAGAGCAGGACAAGCUGCUUCAAGGAGAAAUAGAAACAGGAUCCAUAACAGAGUUAUUCGGGGAAUUCCAUACUGGGAAGACACAGCUGUGUCCCAGCCCGGCAGUCACUGCUCAGCUCCCCAUGGACCACGGGGGCAGUGAGGGAAAACAUCCAUGGACACAGAGAGGACCUUCCAUCCAGAGCAGCUCCUGGCCAUGGCUGAAAGGAAUGGCCUCUGGCAGCAAUGCCCUGGACAAGGUGGCCCUGCCGGGCUUUCCCCACGGCCGCCCGGCCCCGCUGCUGGCUCAGGCUGGAGGCCGAGAGCUCCUUUCCUCCCCCGCGUUCCCAGCUCUGUGUCCGUGCGAGGCUCCUUCCCCGCGGCCCUCGGGGACACUCCGGGGCAGCAGCGGGCGCAGGAGGCGGUGGCUGCCAGCGUGGGGACCCCGGCACAGCCGGGCACGGCCGGAGCUGCGGGCAGGGAUCUCCCCCGGGGCUGGGCACGAUCGGCUCCGGGCGCCUCCCGGCAGCGCUCCCGUGAGGCCGCACCGGGACUGCUCUGGCUGGCAGCAGCUGCACCGAUCUCCGGGAAUCUCAGCCUGGAUUUGUCUUUGCUCCCAGUUCUCAGUUUGGGGGUGCAGUGCAGCCCUGCCCUGUGUAACUCUUACAAGAGUUUUUGAGGUUCAAAAAGUUCUUUUAUAUUCAGCAGUAUUUAUAACUUGAUUAAAAAGAAUAAAACUGUAUCAAUGUGGUUUUGUAUGGUUCAUUUGCAUUGGUUAA